CCCUCCCUCUGAGACUCCCUCUGUCUGGGACUCCGGGCAUUUCUCUCUGCAGGAUAAUGGAGUCACAUCACACAGCAGCUCUCAGUGUUUUCAGCAGACAUCACACUGGAGCUCAUUUAACCUGGACAUUAACAAAUUCCUCCUAGGUUUUUCUCACAGUACAAGGACUUCUUUCAUAUGUUUUUCUGCGUCAUGUAUUUCCACGCUGCCUGACUUUUUCCGUAUUUUGAUGUUUAUAUGAGGAGAAUCAACAGGCUCCACUAUGGGUUUUCCAACAUAAAUCUGAUGUUUUUUCUCUAGGCUUCGGUGCAGACGGCUCCUGUUUACCUAUAGACCGGGGGAUGGGAGGAUCUUAUAGGUUCUUUAAACAGGUUGUAAUACGUGUUUUUGAGGGCGGGUAUGGGCCAGUUUUCGGUCCCACAGGUGGAUCUUUUGGAGGCGAAAGUUGAGGAACCCUGCGGCUUCAGAUGAAGUGAGCAGCUCGGGAUUUUCUCUGGAGGUUUUGCGACAUGGGCUGAGCUCUUAAAACGACAUUUUCUCCUGAAAGCUGUUGAAUGAUCAGAGGAUGGACGACGGAGACGGAUAAAACACAACCCAGAAUUAUAGGACACUGCAGUUGGACAUCCACACCUUUGUGCACCGGUACAGAGCCGUGGGGCGCACACCACGACUGGGUCAGACGAAUGUCCACACACUAAACUGAACAUUUUUGUUGCUCUGGAGUUUGGAUGAUGUUGUUUAAUCUUUGGGCCGUUUGCAUCGUCACUGAUUCAAAUUAAUUUCUCCAAAGAAACCAUGGCAGCGCAUCUUUACAAGCCAAAGCCAAAGUCACAUGUGAACUGAAACAAUUAAAGAUAACAAACGGGCUUUUUGCCUGUAGUGGACGCCGCACUUCUCCACUUAGUAGAUGUUUGACAGACUUUUAGUUUAGAUGGUAGAUCAGUUUAGACGCGUGUUUCUUGGUUCGUUGCCCUAAAAUUCCGGAGCUUCGUCUUGUGACGGUGCGCCCAAACUGACCCGGGUUACUUUCAGCUGGAUCUUCACUCCCUGGAUCAUGUGGCUGCCCCGCCUGGCACUGCUGCUUCUGCUCCGGUUCUCCAGUUUACCGUCGCCGGGGGCGGAGGGGCUCAACACGUGUCAGUCCAUCAACUUGGACGCACAGAAGUCCCGGCGCAUCGAGGCGGUGCGGGGACAGAUUCUCAGUAAACUCCGCAUCCGCAGUCCUCCAAAAGAUGACGAGGCCCCGGUGCCUGGACCCGUGCCACCGGAAGUGAUGUUGCUCUACAACAGUACACGAGAGCUGCUGAAGGAGCGCGCGCGCCAGGCCGAGUCUGCCUGCGAGCGCGAGAGCAGCGAAGAGGAUUAUUACGCCAAAGAGGUGCAGAGGAUUGACAUGCUGCCAACACGCACCACCACAAACGCUGUGCAGCCAGUAGCACCCAGCCCCCACUACAGAGUCGUCCAGUUCGACGUCAGUGGAGUGGACUUGACCAACAGCACCUUGGUCAUGGCUGAGUUCAGAAUCUUCAGGGCUCCCAAUCCCCAGGCCCGGGCUUCAGAGCAGAGAGUGGAGAUCUAUCAGCUGCUGAAGCCAGAUGAGGAGAGCACCUCCACUCAACGUUACAUCGACUCCCGCACCGUUCAGCCCAAAGCAAAGGGAUCUUGGAUGUCUGUGGACGUCACAGAAACCGUUAAGGACUGGUUGUCAGAUCCAGAAAAUAAUCUGGGCCUAAAACUAGGUGUCCACUGUCCGUGCUGCACCUUCGUCCCUUCCACCAACAACAUUGUUCCCAACAAGAGUGAGGAGCUGGAGGCCCUGUUUGCAGGUGUUGACGACGAAAAGAUUCGCCAGAUAAGAAAACCCGGCCAGGUUAAAGGUCAGCCGGACGUCAGCACCAAGACACCACACCUCAUCCUCACACUGCUGCCCAGUGACAGAGUGGACAACCCAGCCAAGAAGAACCGCAAGAAGAGGGCUGCAGCCACAGACGCCUCCACCUGCUCCCGUGGCUCAGACCAAGGCUGCUGCCUGCGCUCGCUCUACAUCGACUUCAGGCGUGACCUCAACUGGAAGUGGAUCCAUGAGCCUAAAGGUUACAAAGCCAACUUCUGUGCUGGCAACUGUCCUUACCUCUGGAGUGCCAACAACCAUUACAACAUGAUCCUGCCCCUGUACAACAAGCUGAACCCUGAGGCCUCAGCCUCGCCCUGCUGCGUUCCUCAGGACCUGGAGCCUCUCACCAUCAUGUAUUUCAUAGGCCGCACGCCACGUGUUGAGCAACUCUCCAACAUGGUGGUCAAAUCCUGCAAGUGUCGCUGAAGGAAUCCUACUCCGAUACAGACAUCACCGAGGAGAAAACCUAUAAACUGCUUUGCUCAAGGGGACACACAGUCGAAGACAGACUGAUGGACUCCACGGACGUGAAUCUUGAUUGUUUGAUCAGCCUUGACUGGCAGACAAUUUUUUUUGUUCUCCUUUUUUUUAAUUUUACUUGACUGUUUUCUUAUCAGGCAUGAAACCUGUUCACGUUGCUUUUUUUCUCCUCUCUCCUGGAAUUUUCCAUCUGAUAUAGGACACUGUAAAUACCACCCAUAGCUGUAUUAAACCUGGAUAUGACAAACAGGCUGUUGUGUGAUUUGGACACUUUUAGUCUACCUGCUGACUAAAAGGAUUCUUUUAUCGUGAUUUUGUUUCCUCCGUCAGUUGUGUUUUUGUGGUCGCGGGCAGCGAGACGCGUGCCUGUUUGCUUUGGGUUUGAGGGUGUUGAUUGGAAGGAGGCCUUGUGGAAAGGUUUGCAGACACAGAUCUGUGGACCAAGGAGCGAGGGAGCAGAUGGAAAGGAGAGAGAGAGAGGGAGAGAGAAGCUGUGUCCAUGCAGAGGCCCUGCCAGCUCCCUGCGGUCCCGGGCUGAAAUCUGCCCGGCGUAAACAGGAUGUGAAAGGUUUCCAGACACCGAGCCGACCACUCACGGAACGCUACAUUUAAAUGCUCCCUUCAUCUCUGCCUCUCUCUCUCUCUCACUCGGUUGCUGGAGGUUCUGGGACUUGUGGUGGGAGGAGAGACAGAGAACGGAGAGGCUUUGAAAAUGAGACGUGGGAUGAUAGGGCUGCAUUUGGAAAGGCUACAACUUUGGAAGGUGGUAUUUUGCAGUCCUAGCAAAUUUGUAACUGUUUGGGUCCAGCUCAGAAUUUCUGUAAUCACACACUUCUGCUUGUUUUCUGAAUGUACAUUUGUUGUCAAAGCCCCCAAAACAAACUGUUGACUCAUAGCUGCUCUGAUGCUAUGAUUAUAUUAUAUUACUUCGUACCUUCACUCUACCAUCAGGCGCAGUGAUACCCUCAUACACACUGUCUCUCUCGCUCUCUCUCUCUCUCACACACACACACACACACACACAGGCGUGCACACUCAUGUGUCCACAUUGACCACUUUUGAUAGAAUGUCUAAAGACUGAAAAUAAAAAACAUCCCCAGGGCUCAUUUUAAAUAUAGACUCUCUGGUAUGCCCGUGGUUUGCGUGUGUGUGUGUGUACAGUACGUUUCUAUCUGUGUGUGUAUGUGCAUGAGUGUAUGUCUGUAUGUGUGUGACCGGUGAGGUCACGUGUAAUAGAGAAAAUAUUGCCUGUAUUUUAUUGUGAUAGUGUGAGUAAAAAAACCCAUCCAUACAGAGAGAUUUGUAUCUGUCUAAUCUGAACCUGAAACAAGGUCUGAACGUUGAUGUUUUAAAGGUAUAAACUUACAUGUUGUGUUGUCUGUACAGGUGAACUUAACAGCCGUUGUCGCAGAUCUCUGUGCUCAAUAUUGACUUGAUAAAAGACAUGGGAGACCCUGUCCUACCGCAUGCUAUUGAUGGAAAAAGACAAAGAGGUAUUAAAAGGUGUCAGAAAAAAAGAUCCAUGUUUACUGACUGACAAUUCAUUUUAGUUAAGUUGACAUCAAGAGUCUCAACUGUGUAGGAUGAAAUAACAUGUUAGUGGUGAUUAUGUUCUGUUCGGAUUUA